AUGGGGGGGCCGCGCGACGCGACAGCCCUGUACGACGAGCUGUACCUCCUCUUCGACGACUACGUUCUGAAGAACAGCAAGCAACCCAGCACGUACGAGUCCCUCUUCCGCAAAAAGGAGUUCCUCCAAUUCGCAGAGCUCCACGGCACCCACACAGUACCGACCCCCCCCAAGGAAGUGAUAAACAACAAAGACGAAAUUAUAGACGAGCUCAUCUACGCAUUUAAAAUCUUCGCAAAGUACAUCAGCUCGUCGGACAUUUUCUCCAAAAAUGAAGAGGCAGAUGACAUCAACACCAAGCAUUUAAGGUUCUUGUUUAUCCCCUACAUCCUGGGGGCCCUAAGCUACGAAACAAUUAACAUUCAAAUUAGAAGCGACCGAUUGAAGGACUCAAAAUUGUUUUUCGGCGAAUUCGUUAACCUUGUGAGUAUGUACCGCAUAGCCCCAGUGGACGAUUACCUCCUCGAUCAGUUGGGAGACACAUCGGAGGCGAUCAACAGGAGAAACAUCAAAAUUAAAAGAGCCAAAGAUGAAAAGAAGUUUCAAGAAUUCUAUAAUAAUAUUAUUAAAAUGAAGGUGAAGAAAGGUACCUCUCCUAAUUGUAACCUCUGCUGCUUUGAUGAGGACUUGGAGGAGGAGGAACUUAGGGAGGCGUGCCUGUCCCUCAUAAAGUGCAAAUGCCUGCAAACGCUCAACAUGCUGGAUUUGAUAGACACGGAGCUGGAGGUCUUGGAGAUGCGCAGCAGGCAGAACGCAAACGAGGCGAAGCAGCAGCAGAAUGGGCAGCUCACAAGCGAGGCGAGACAACCACAUCUGGGGAAAUCCCCCCCAAGCAACCACCCAAACGGGGGCCUCAAAAAACCCUGGCUCUUCACCAUCAAAAAGAACAUGCCCCCUGCCGACGUGACCCAAAUGAGGAAAUACUACCGAGACCUCGUCUUCACCCCCGCACACAACCUCCCCACCAUAUCGCUGGAGGAGUGCGCCAAGAUAGAAAUGGAGUACGCCCUCAAGGGAAGCAGGGGCGCCAGCAGGGGAGGCAGCACGCUCGGAAGCGAAGACGAACGGGGGGGCCAGCAAAACGGCGCAGAUGAGGACGACCACUACAAAAAGAGCUCCCAGGAGGAAAGCGAGAAGGAGGCCAUGGACCGGGAGUGGGACGACUGGAAGGAUAUGCACCAGAAGGGGAUGGGGAACAAAAACAGGAACGUGGCCUGA